AUGGACCCGCCCUGGGGCCGGCCGGUCUCCAGCCGGGGCCUGAGCCACCGUCCUGCUGCCCCUGAGCGCCUGCGCUCCCCACCAGCGUGCCCCUGGAUUGGCGCCGUUGCUGCAGCUCGGGGCGCGGGGUCCGCGCGUCGCCCUCCGCGCAGAGGGGCUCGCAGCCCCACUCAGUGGCCCCCAUCUGUUUCCUUCCACCGCUGCUCCCGCAGAAUCAGGCCCCAGCUUGCCAAAGAGAAGAUUGAGGGGUGUCACGUGUGCACCUCGGUCACGCCGGGGGAGCCCCAGGUCUUCCUGGGCAAGGACAAAGCCUUCACCUUCGACUACAUGUUCGACAGCACCGCGCAGCAGCAGCAGGUGUACGCGCAGUGCGUGGAGCGGCUCGUAGAGGGCUGCUUCGAGGGCUUCAACGCCACGGUGUUCGCCUACGGGCAGGUGAGUCCCGCGCCGGCAGCUCCUGCGUUGGGCAGCACGGGGCGCACUGUGGACGCGGCCGCUGGUCACUGUGGCCCCCCGCAGCUGUACAAUGAGGAGGUCCUCGACCUGUUUGACACCACGCGCGACCUGGACGCCAAGAACAAGAAGUCCAACAUCCGCAUUCACGAGGACGCGGCCGGGGGCAUCUACACCGUGGGCGUCACCACGCGCACCGUGGACACCGAGUCGGAGAUGAUGCAGUGCCUGAAGCUGGGCGCCCUGUCGCGCACCACGGCCAGCACCCAGAUGAACGUGCAGAGCUCGCGCUCCCACGCCAUCUUCACCGUCCACCUGUGCCAGACCCGGCUGUGCCCGCCGGCCGACGGGGAGGUCCCGGCCGACAGCGGGGAGAUGGCGGAGUCGCCGCGGACGAACGAGUUUGAGACUCUCACGGCCAAGUUCCACUUCGUGGACCUGGCGGGGUCCGAGCGGCUGAAGCGCACGGGGGCCACGGGCGAGAGGGCCAGGGAGGGCAUCUCCAUCAACUGCGGGCUGGUGAGAGGCGGGAAUGGAAGUUCAGCGCGGUGCUUCCAGCUGGCCAGGGCCUGCCCUGCGGCCGACCGCCCCUCCCCUUUCAGCCAGACCGUCAUGAUCGCCUGCGUCAGCCCCUCCGACCGGGACUUCAUGGAGACCCUGAACACCCUGAAGUAUGCCAACCGGGCCCGCAACAUCAAGAACAAGGUCACGGCCAACCAGGACCGCGCCAGCCAGCAGAUCAGCGCCCUGCGCGGGGAGAUCACCCGGCUGCAGAUGGAGCUCAUGGAGUACCGCACGGUGAGCCGGCCUGCUGGGGGGGGGGCCGCCCCCGAGAAGCAGCCCCUUGUGGGCCGGGCCCUGUCCUGCAGGUCUGGCCCUGGCCGGAGCCGCUGUGCCGCCUCAGCCCCCCAGCCCCUGGCGACCCCUGCCCUGGCCGGCGGCCCUCGGGGAAAAUGCCCCGGAAACCGGCAGGACCACGCCGGGGACGGGAACGAGGAGGUCAGCAACAUGAUCCACAGCUACAUCAAGGAAAUCGAGGACCUCAGGGCCAAGCUGCUGGAGAGCGAGGCGGUGAACGAGAAUCUGCGCCGGAGCCUGACGCGGGCGGCGGCGCGAGCCCCGUACUUCGGCGGGCCGGCGGCUUUCUCGCCCGUCCUGUCCUCGGACAAGGAGACCAUCGAGAUUAUCGACCUGGCCAAGAAGGACUUGGAGAAACUGAAAAGGAAGGAACAGAAGAAGAAGAAAAGUGUGGCCGCCAGGGAGGACGGCGGGGACGCCAGCCCCGAGAAGACCGGGGACACGGAGAGGGCGGCCGGCCAGCUGGAGGCGGAGGAAGGCCAGGACGCGAGCCAGCAGGAGGACGAGGCCGAGGCCGAGGCCGAGGACGAGGACGAGGACGAGGACGAGGAGCUGGACGGGGCCGAGAGCUCCGAUGAAUCCGACUCGGAGUCGGACGAGAAAGCCGACUACCGCGCGGACCUGGCCAGCAUCACGUGCGAGAUCGCCAUCAAGCAGAAGCUGAUCGACGAGCUGGAGAACAGCCAGAAGCGGCUGCAGACGCUGAAGCGCCAGUACGAGGAGAAGCUGCUGACGCUGCAGCACAAGAUCCGGGACACCCAGCUGGAGCGGGACCAGGUGCUGCAGAGCCUGGGUAGGCGCCGCCCCGUCCGCCUCAUGCGGCAGAUGAAGGAGGAGCAGGAGAAGGCGCGGCUGAACGAGUCCCGGCGCAGCAGGGAGAUCGCGCAGCUGAAGAAGGACCAGCGCAAGCGCGAUCACCAGCUCCGGCUGCUGGAGGCCCAGAGAAGAAACCAGGAGGUGGUUCUGCGCCGCAAGACCGAGGAGGUGACAGCCCUCCGCCGGCAGGUGAGGCCCAUGUCCGACAAGGUGGCCGGGAAGGUCACUCGGAAGGCCGGCUCGUCCGAGGGCCCCGCCCAGGACGCAGGGCCCAGCGCAGCGGCCGGCGACGCGGAGGCCUUCAGCAACCUGUACGGGGUGCACCCCUUCUACAUGUGCGUGGAGGACGACUUCAGCGCCCACGGCGUCCUGCUGCUGAACGCCAACGCCCAGGAGGUCAUCCUCAGCCCCUACCCCUCGCUGACCUUCCGCACCAUCGGCGGCAUCCUGGACUUCUACAUGUUCCUGGGCCCCAGCCCCGAGAACGUGGUGCAGCAGUACACGGAGGGUCCAAGGCAGCCAUGGGAGCCCGAGCCCGUGAGGGGCAGCUGCCGGCCCCACCGCGUCUCAGGACGGACGUCGAGGCCUCCGCCCUACUGGCCCACGGAGCGGCGCGGUCCACAGGGACGGCGGCUUCCCACACGGAGCCGCCGCUGGACCCUCACAGCCCUGGCCAACGGGGCCGGUGCCAUCGGGGACCGGCGGACGAGCCCCGGGGCCACACUGGCGGGGUGUGCUGUGUCCAGCUGGCACCCUGGCGGUUUGGGGCGUUCGGCGCUGGCCAGUCUGGGCUCGGAUGGGAGCUUGGUCCUGAAGGCCCGCAGCCCCGGCCCUUUCUUCCAUCCCUUGUGA